UCGCGAUGGAAGAAGGAAAGGUGAGGGAAAUCCGAGAAUAUCGAUAAAGCUAUAGGCCAAGGAAUGUGGGAUUUUGGACGAUGGCGAUGGUGGCGGGCCCUGGAGGACAGAAUGGUUCCAAAGCGGAGCGAGAUUGAGGCGAGCAGAGAGAAAGAUCGCCUUUCCUCUGCCUACAAAUACCCGCCUCGCCGUUUCCUCCUCCCUCAUCGGUAAGCCUCUUCACAAAGCUUGCUGGUGAAAAAGAGAAUAGAACGGAGCAGCUCUGAGUUUUCUUUACAAAGCAAGAUGGCGGUGGCUGUGAUGCAAACGCCCUUUCAUCUCUCGUGGAAGUUCUUGCAGCCGGCCGUACGGGAACGCAUUGGUGACGGAGAAAAUGGUCGACGACCGGGGCAGGUCGACGUUUGGAGUGGAAUCCAUCAGCCGGUGGCGGCGCCUUAUGUUCACCCUUUGGUGAGGCGAUCGUCGAGCUCGAUGAGCUCUGAGAGCCUUCAGAUAUGCACGGAGAGCCUCGGAUCCGAGAACGGCUCCGACGACUUCUCCGACGGUGGCUAUGGAAGGGUGGAGGUGGAGGGAGAGGAAGAGAGGAAGGACAUUGAGUUCGCGGAAGAGAAGGUGGAAGAAACAGAGGAGUCCCCGUCCACGCGCCGCCGGCGGUCAGAGCUCGCUGCCGUGAACUACCAAUGCUCCUCUGUCAAAAGGAGGUCGCCUCCGAGUUUGUUUCCGCCGCCUCUGAGCUCCAUCUCCCGCCGCGACGGGCCGUGCCUCCACAUGGUGAGAACCCGCCGCGACGGCCGACUCGUGGUCGAGGCCGUGCCCGUGCCGUCGAGGAAUUAUCUCCACGCCAGCCGCGAGAGCGGCCGCUUGCUUCUCUCCAUCGCCGGCGUCACUGCGAACUACUGCGACCAAAAUGAAGAAAAGAAAGCGGCGGAGAAGGCGGAAGAAACAGAGGAGUCCCCGUCCACGCGCCGGCGGCGGACAGAGCUCGCUGCCGUGAACUACCAAUGCUCCUCUGUCAAAAGGAGGUCGCCUCCGAGGUUGUUUCCGCCGCCUCUGAGCUCCAUCUCCCGCCGCGACGGGCCGUGCCUCCACAUGGUGAGAACCCGCCGCGACGGCCGACUCGUGGUCGAGGCCGUGCCCGUGCCGUCGAGGAAUUAUCUCCACGCCAGCCGCGAGAGCGGCCGCUUGCUUCUCUCCAUCGCCGGCAUCACUGCGAACUACCGCGACCAAAAUGAAGAAAAGAAAGCGGCGGAGAUUGCUAAUUCCGACCAAGAAGCGGAAGCCGAGGAGGCUGAAGAAGCGGAGUUGGUUGAAGAGGAGGACGAGGAGGAGGAAGAGGAAGUCGAAGUGGUCGACCAGGGAACCAUGGUGGAGGUCAAAGUGAGCACACAGCAGCAGCAACAGUGCACCGGCGCCUCUGCCGCCGCCAAGAAGAUCCUCCGCUUAUCUCUCUUCAUCAACAAGUUCGUGGGAGGAACACUGGAAAACAAAACCAACACCUAUCCCAUCCAACCGGAAAGCCGGCCUCUCCGACUGACGACAACCACCGCCGCGGCCGCGGCGGUAGCCACCUCCAGCGAGCCAGAAAGCACGGCGGGGCCGGCGCCUGGGCACGCGCCGCAGGAAAGAUCGCUGCUUUUCACGUCCAAGCGGCGGAACCGAGAGGCGAUGCUGAGCAGCAUGCGUCGGUGCAGACAGCUCCGGCGGCCGCUCUUCUUCUGGGAGCCCUGUUUCAUUGCCACCACCUCUUGAGGUCCGCCAUACUGCUUCAAAAUUAUAUAUAUUAUAUAUAUUUAAGUUUGAUAAUUAUAUAAUUAUUAAUAUCAUUGAAAUGGUAUUUGGCGAUUAAACAAGUAAUUAGGGUUGAUUAAUUAAGAGUAGCAUGAUGUAAUUUGAAGGCCCGUGUGUGUUUUAAGGAAUGACACGUAUUUU